GUGGUACCGUUGCAUUCAGUACAUUUGGAAUCGGAAACUGCAAUUCCAUUCGGAGACAACGGACAGUAUGGUAGCGGAUUGUCAGUUCUGAACGGACAACUUCCGUUGGGCUUUCGCAUCGCAUUGGCGGUCUCAUUCCGCGAUCAUGCUGGACGUCUGUUCCACGCUACAAACGCUCGUAUUAAAUUCAGACCGCAUAGGUAUGGCUAG